CCAAUCUGACAUCAGUUUUCAGGAGUGAUGUUAAAUCAUCAUCAAAGGAUAAAACAAGACUUGAUGCGGAACUAACUUGUUUCAUGCAGUCAUCUUAUGAGCCUAAAUUGUUUGUGUAGUUGUGUAAGCUGCACUGCAAGUCUUUAGUGAGUAGUUUAUCAAUAUUUAUUUAUUUUAUGUGAGCCAGUUUAGGUUUCGGUUUAGGUUGUUAUUUAUGUGACUAAAAAGAAGUGCUGGACAGAAACAUGGAGGAGCAUAAAACUGUCAACUUCACGAGACUCCUAUCAGAUGAGAGUGGGAGUUCCAUCUUGUCUGAGGAAUCAUAUGUCUACUAUCAGACAGAGAUCUUUGACCAGUUGCCUAGUUCCAAGGCCGCCAGGCCCCAGCAGAGCAGACAAGAGGACUGGGAAGCCUGCAAGACCCCAAGGGGAAGCCAGGAGCUAGAGAACAUUGUCCUGUUAAGAGGGUUCAGAGACAAGGUCUCUCAUCUGCCGCCCAGAUGUCUUCCAACGUGUAUGCAGCAGAAGAGAGAAGUCAGAGAUGCAAGGAAGCUGGAAAUAUGCAGUAUUGGUAGUUGGGAAGCUUGGAGGCGAAGUCGGAAUAUCAACAGGAGGAGAGUGUGGGCACAUCUUAGAAGGCUUAUAUCAGGGCUGUUGCCUUGGAAACUCACUCUGCACAUCAUUGAAGGUAGAUUUGGUGGCGGUGUAAAGGCUUAUUUUGUCUUCCUGAGAUAUUUGUUGUUCUUGAACCUCCUACACUGUGUGCUCAUAUGGGCUUUCAUUCUGGGGCCUACCACGUUUUACGGCAGAGGAAACAUUAUCGAUUCUCUGCGCUUUGAAGGCAAUGACUCAGUUUUGGACUUUUUCCUUGGAUCGGGCUUCUUGGAACGUUCUCCAGUGUUCUAUAAGUUCUACACACUGGGUUCCUUGAAUUUGACAUGCUUAAAUACACCUCUACUCUUCCUCGGUGGAAUCCUGAUCAUCUUGUUCCUCAGUCUUAUUAUGGUGGUCCGCAGGACAAUGGUUGGCUUUAAGCACAGUUGGCUGCUAGGGAACCAUUACAGUGUGAAUGUGAGUUAUAAGAUCUUCUGUGGCUGGGACUUUGCUAUCCAGGAUCCUGCUACUGCCGGUCUCAAACGCAGCUUCAUCAGAAAUGACCUCAAGUUGUAUGUGGAGGAUCGGAGGUUCUACCUGCGUGAGGGUGAGAGGACCCUCACUGAGUGGGUGCUUCUCUACCUGCUGAGGAUUAUCCUAAACUUGGUAGUUCUGUCUCUGCUGGGUGGAGCCUUCUUCCUCAUCUUCUUUGCCUCUAAAACAGCUCAGGCUUGUGACCAGAAGAUCUGGCUCCACUGGUGGAGCAGUCUGUUCUUCCAGUACCUCCCCCCCUUUGUCAUCACCUCAGUCAACCUGAUUCUUCCUCAGAUCUUCCGGAAGAUCUCAUCUUUUGAAGAUUAUUCUCUUGCCAUGCAGGUCAACAUGACCCUGGUGAGGAGCAUCUUCCUGAAGCUGGGCUCUCUAGGGAUCUACCUGUUCUUUCUCCUUAAACCCUAUAAGCAAACGGUUUUCUCGCAGUGUUGGGAGAACCAGUUUGGGAGAGCGAUGUACAAGCUUUGUAUAUUUGACUUCCUGGCCAGUUUGUGCAAGACCUUCCUCUUGAUCUACCCCAGGAUGUUGCUGCAGAGGAGGUACCCGUCAUCCUGGCUGACACGAUUAUUAGGGAAACAACGCUUCCUGAUACCUUUCAACGUGCUUGAUCUGGUGCACAGUCAGACCAUUUCCUGGGUGGGGGUUUACUACUGCCCUCUGCUGCCUUUCAUUGAGGCAGUCAAACUGGUGGCGACAUUCUACAUGAAGAAGAUCACUGUUCUGCGGGCCUGUGUUCCGGAACACAGAAUGUUCCGUUCCUCCAGUUCCUCGUUCCUGUUCCACUUCAUGUUACUGCUGGGUCUCCUGAUGGCUGCGGUAACGCUGGGCUUCAGCCUCUACCAGUUCUCCCCAUCGUCUACCUGUGGUCCAUUCGGUGGUGGGGCCAGUGUAUUCAAUGUAACGGCAGCGUGUGUGAACAGCCUUCCCAGACCAGCCCAGAGCACUCUUCAAUACCUGGCCUCUGAAGCCUUUGCCCUGCCGCUCAUACUGGCUGAAAUUGUGAUUUUAACUUCAUAUGUGUCCCGGGGACGAGCUAAUCAGAGGGCCAUUGAAAGACUGAAAGAUAUACUGGUCAUGAGCAGCUCAGAUAAGCGUUUUCUGGUGAAACAACAUGCUACGAUAUUGAAAGCUCAAAGGAAGACACAAAAAAAACUUGCAGCAAACAUGGUGGAAAACAGCCCUGUGGAAUAAUAUGUAGCACAUUACAUCCAUCUGUCUGUCUGCUGACGCCCUUUGCAAACGACAGCUUUGGUUGGAAACAGGAAGCCCAAGAAAGAGAAAAGUUUCAGACCCCCCCCCCCCCCCCCCCACACACACACACACACACACACACUGUCUUGGAAGAUGGUGGGGGGAAGUUUUCUGUAAAUGACAGUUUUGGAUAUGAAAGGAUGUCACGUUUUCAUUUACGUCAUGUAUAUAGAUAAUAUAAGACAUACUGUGUGCAAUAGAUUAAGACAUUGACAAUUUGCAGCCUUCCUUUAUUUUUUUUACUUUAUCAUUUUCUUCUGCUCCCAGACUGCAUGUUCAUUGAUUUAGGUACAACUGUUAUUCAUGCGAAGGGAAAUUACAAUUUUACUCUCAAAGGCCUCGGCCAAGGUAGGAUGUGUGGAUGCUGUUUUAUUUAAAAAAGCAAUUAUGGAUAGAUAAAAAAAAUGUGCGCAUUUUCUUUUCUUUUCUUUCCAUUGUUGCUUAUAAUAUUUCUUCUAUUUAAGACAAGAUUUGUAAUCAACUAUAUCUUUUAUUUCCUCAAUGAAUAUUUUUGCCUGAUUAACAUUUCGCGUUUGGGGGCAUCUGUAUUAUAUUUUUUUUUCACAUAAACCAGAGUGUCAUGUUUAACUGGUCUGCAAAGAUAAUUAAAG